AUGGCUAUGGAUGCUAACAAUGGCAUUUUCCUAGUAGCAAUUACCAUUUGUGAGAUAGAAAACAAGGAAUCAUGGAGAUACUUUAUGACCUUGUUAAAGGAGUUUAUAGGGGACAUUGACCUUAUCACUAUCAUAAGUGAUAGACAGAAGGGUUUGGUUGAUGUUAUACAGACCUGUUGGUCAAAUGCUAGUGCUAGAUAUUGUGCUAGGCAUGUUUAUGCUAACUUUAGGAAAAAAUUCCUUGGGCUGAGGAAUUUGUUUUGGGCUGUUAGUAGGGUUUCCAAUAUCAUUGAUUUUCAGCAGGCCAUGGAAAAGGUUGAAGCUGUAGAUAGAGAAGCUCAUAGGUGGAUGAUUGAAAAUGAUGUGAGAUCCUGGUCAAGGCAUUCAUUCGACCUUGAUUCCAAAUCCGAUCAUGUUACAAAUAACAUGUGUGAGGUCUUCAAUAGUUGGUUGGGAGAGAAUAGAGAAUUACCCAUACUAAGCUUGUUAGAACAUUAUAGGAGGAGGGUUAUGGUACAGAUGCAAGCUAGGGCAAAUGCUAGGAAUGAUUGGAUCACAACUGUUCCCCCUACUGUACAUAGGAAAAUCAAUGGUCUAAUUGAAUCUGCUAGGAAUGUUAAAGAUAUUUGGCCUGGGAGUGAUGAGUUUGAAGUGAAUUUGCUUGCAUUAACAUUUGUUGUCUUUGCUUUGUUUAGAGAGGGGAAGCUUCAUCAGCCCCAACAAGUCAGACAUGUCAACAUUAAAGCAACUGUCAAGGGUAGCAGAUACUUUAGGAGUGUGGAGUUGAAGCAUGCUAUUGUUUUUUGGUGUGAUAAAAUUGUACAAGCAUGA